AUGUCGCCAUCGUUCAAUUUGACCGCGCUGGCCAUUGCCAUCGCCGCGGUCUUCCUCUUCUGGACCAUCUCCUCUACCUCAUCACCCUUUACCCGCUCCUUCCCACGACUCCGCAAUAAACGAAUCUGUCUCUUGAUCGCACACCCCGAUGACGAGGCCAUGUUCUUCUCGCCCACAGUGCUGGCGCUCACCAAGCCCGAGCUCGGAAACCACCUGAAAAUCCUCUGCUUCAGCACAGGUGACGCAGACGGUCUCGGCGAAACCCGCGCCAAAGAACUCCAAAAAUCCGCCCUCCUCCUCGGCAUCCGUGACGAAUCCGACGUCUUCAUCGUCGACGAUCCCACCCGCUUCCCCGACAGUAUGACUGCAACUUGGGCUGCAGAUCAAAUAACCUCCCUCCUCGCUUCAGCCUUCUCCCCAGACUUGGCAGCAACCCUAAACGGCACCGCAAAGAAGAACCCCAAGAAGGCGCCCACCGCUAGCAUCGACGUCCUCGUCACCUUCGACCAAAACGGCAUCAGCAACCAUCCCAACCACCGCUCGCUGUACCACGGCGCGGUGCAUUUCCUGCGCACGCUGAUGACGGAUAAAGAAGGAUUUAACUGUCCCGUGACGCUGUAUACGUUGACGUCUACGUCGAUGCUGCGCAAGUAUGCGGGUGUGCUGGACGCGCCGUACUCGAUGUUGUUGGGGGUGUUGGGGAAUUUGUUCGGGGGCAAGAAGAGUGGUGAGAACGGGCCGGGGCGGUUGUUGUUUGUUAGUUCCGUUGGGGAGUGGUUGACUGCGCAGUCGGCGAUGGUUAUGGGCCAUAAGAGUCAGAUGGUCUGGUUCCGGUGGGGGUGGAUUACCAUCGGAAGAUAUAUGACUGUGAAUGAUUUGAAACGGGAGACGGUCUAG